CAACAGAUUAAAGAAGUAAAAUCUAAAAUGAGACUCUCAAAAGAUAGCCCCGUUUUGCAUUUCUUCCAUAUUCUUUAUAAAAUUUCUCUUUACAUAUAGAGAUGACAUGAAUCAGACCCCCAAAAUUUCAGAGUUUCUCUUAGAAUAAAUCCUCAAGCUCAGUAAAAAUCCCCAAUAAUUCCAUAAAACAGCCAUGAAUGGCUAUACCUUAUUUAAUGAAGCUCUAUACAAAAACCAUUAAUUAUGAUGUCUUGUUCAUGACGAAAAUCGGCAUCAAACUAGUAAUUUAUAAACUCAAUUCUAGCAAAACUAUGGUCAUAAACCAGUUUGAGUGAGUUGGAUUGGGGUCAAAGAAAGAGAAGUCGGAGACAGCUGCAAUGCAUAAAGGUAAGUUUGAGUGAGUUGGAUUGGGCUCAAAGAAAGAGAAGUCGGAGACAGCUGCAAUGCAUAAAGUUAUAUGCUCGCACACAGUAUAUAUGCAAACUUAUAGGAGAGCUGGAGAGCAACACUAGUUCCACAUGUGUUUGACAAACUUGAUAUGAGGACAGGAUGUGUAUUUUAAUAUUUUUGUUGCCGAUUAUAGAGAAUGUUGCAGAGGAUGAAACUAUCACCGAGUCCGAGGAUUCAGAAGGCAUUGGAACGGAUUUGUUUUACAACCAUUUGAAAACACGUAAAAAGCAACCUGCAUAUCGGUUUCUCCCAACAAUGGAGGAUACCUGCACCUCUGGAAACAAUUUCGUCAUUGGUCAGAAACGUCUAUCCGAAUCAUCAGACUCUGUUCUUCAAGGAGAAUCAAAAAGAAAGGGACGUGGCCAAGAUGUGGAUACUAUCUUCAGAAGACAGAAUAUAGUCAUGUUUGGUGAAUCUACCGGAGGAAGUGCAUUGUUAAAGACGGUUGAUCUUCUGUCAUUUGCUAUCCAGGCUGAACUCCUCUCACUGUCAAAGAUCACAAUCCAUGUACUAUGUAUGCAUCUAAUUUGAUCAGCAUGUGUCAUCGCUGGACAAAGGAACAUGUGAAUCCUGUCAAAGGGGACGGGGCCCAGGUGUGGAUACUAUCUUCGGAAGACCAAAUAUACUCUUGCCUGGUGAAUCUAAUAGCGGAAAUGCACUGUUAGGUACAUGUCAGGUUAUAAACAUAAAGGACGUGCCACAAAUAAUAAUACAAUUUCAGAAAGACAGAUAUACAUCCUUCCGAUGAUACUGAAAAAGAAAAUCCAUAAAUGAACGCGUCUUCCCUCCCUUCUAGCGAAAACUCUUCCGACUAGAAGAACACUUUUAGGUAAGAUGGGUGAGGAACCCAAUAUGGUUAGUGUUAUUGGGGCAAAUUUAUCUGCAGAUUUUGUUGCGAGAACUCUUACUACAGGUCCACUGGAUGUUGCAAAGACCACAAGGCAAAUAGAGGUUUGUUUUUGAACUAAGUAUAUGGGGUUAAGGUUUUGUAUCACUAUAUCGUAAAACAUUUUCACCAUAGUUCUUUGGGGUUAAUCUUUCAGUUAAUGAUACAUAUUUGGGUCCAUUACACAAUCAUAAAAAAUAUGAAGACUAUCACAACAUGGAUUCGACAUGUCAAUUUGACUAUAGUUGUUCCUCGCAAAACUUUUCUUAUGCAGACGAUUAUAUUAAUAUAGUUUUCAGGAAAAAAAAAAUUAAGCAGAUUUAAUCUAUAUUAGUUAUGUAUUCUAUUGAUCGGUAAAGUUAAAUUAUAAUUAUUGUUAACGUCUGGUGGUUAGUAGUAGUUAUGUUUUGUUCGUAAGGUUGAACCAUAUAUCUUUCCUGUCUGAAACUUCUUUGUGCAAUCUGUCUGGAGCUGUACUAUUAGGAUGCAAAUUGUUUGUUUUGCUUAUUGACUUUAUCAAUCUUUGUGAAUGCAAUAUACACAAAGAAGUUGAUAGGUGGUUGCUGAGGAAACUGGUUUCACUAGGGAUGAGAUGAUUAGCAGCUAGGGAUUCAAAUUUUUUGAAUACUCAUGAAGUUGGUGGGCAUGAAAAGUUGCAAAGUGCAUGUGGGAGUUGUUCUGAAUUGUCCAAAGCAGGCUGAUCAAGAAUAACAAAAGUAAAGCCGGUCUUUAGUGAAAGGUGUGAGAAUUGUCUUUGUUACUUUGCUCUGGUAGUAUGCUCCAAGAAGCAGGACCUCUGGUCUUUUUACGUAGAUUAAAUUGUACUUUCAUAUUGGGGUUAAUUUAAUCUAAGGUGAUUACAAGCAAAAAAUUCUCCGUGGCAAGUCAGGGAAUGAAAAUAUGUAUACUUUCUAACUAAUUAAAGUGAAUACUUUUGCAUUACACUAUAUGCAAUAUGUAGUAUAGGAUUUUAUGUGGCA